AUGUCGGUCGGGAAUCGCUUUACGAAUAAACUUGCUAGCGAGAAGUCGCCAUAUCUCUUACAGCACCAGUACAAUCCUAUUGAAUGGUAUCCUUGGGGAUCUGAAGCCUUUGAGAAAGCGAAGCGACUGAAUCGUCCAAUUUUCCUUUCAGUUGGUUACUCGACUUGCCACUGGUGUCAUGUGAUGGAAAGAGAGUCCUUCGAGAAUGACGAAAUCGCUCGCCAACUGAACAGCGAUUUCGUCUGCAUAAAGGUUGAUCGUGAGGAACGUCCUGAUGUUGAUAAAUUGUACAUGGCCUUCAUUCAGGCAACUACUGGAUCUGGUGGAUGGCCGAUGACGGUGUUUCUCACGCCAGAAUUGGAUCCAAUAACUGGUGGGACAUACUUUCCACCGCGUGACUCGCCUGUAGGUUUGGGUCUGCCCUCCGUUCUGAAAAUUGUUUCAGAGAACGUGAGUUGA